UGGUGUAAUGAAUCAAGUGCUAGAAUGAACUCCUUUGCUUCUGAAGAUCACAGAGAUUCCAAGAAGCCCUGUGUGUUUGAGCCCUAUAAGAAACAUAAAAAGAUAGGCAAAUGUCUAAUCAUCAAUAAUUUCGGAUCUCCACAUUUGCACAGAGUGGGCUGUUCAACAGAUGAAAAUCUAUUGUACAGUACGUUCCAAUCAUUGGGCUUUCAUGUACAGGUGGAAAAAAACCUGACAGCUGAUCAAAUGGUUGACGCACUGACAAAAGUGUCCAAGGAUAACCACACAGACAUGUCCUGCUUUGUGUGUGUACUGAUGAGCCACGGAGCGGAAGGUAAAGUUCUUGGAUCUGAUCAGCAUUCGGUCCCUAUCAAAACUCUAACCUCUACCAUGACCUCUGAUCUCUGCCCUAGUCUGCAGGGCAAGCCGAAACUCUUCUUCCUACAGGCCUGCAGGGGGAAGGAAGGUGACCCUGUUGAUGAGACAGACAGUCCAGAGGGGGAAUUUAUGUCAGAUGUUCCGGAGGUGGAUUUUCUCUGCUGUUAUUCAACAGUGGAAGGGUAUUUCUCAUGGAGAAAUCCAGAUAUGGGUUCAGUAUUUAUCCGUCAGCUCUGCAAGAUGUUAAUGGACAGUCAUCUAGAGAUUAUUCAGAUUCUGAUAAGAGUAAACCAACAUGUGGCUAAUUACUUCCAGUCUUACACCACAGAACUGGAAAUGCAUGGGAAGAAACAAAUGCAAUGCAUAGCCUCCAGACUUACCAAGGAUUUUUACCUUCGUGCAUGUGAAAAAAAAUAAAUAAUUUAAUGGACCCUCAUGACGCAUUUCCGCCUAAUUUAGCAACAUAAUCCUAGAAUUUCUUUUUUUAGAUAUAUAUUUUGUUAUUUUCUUUUUAUUAAUUAGUAUACAUUUAGAACAUUAUCCUUUGUAUUAUAUUACCCUGGAAUAAGUUUAAAAAAAUGUGUUGCCACAGAUGCGAUGAGUUUUCUAAUACAGCUGCUGAGAGAGUGAAAGUAAAUUUCCCAUCUUCUCUCUUGUGACUGUUGUAACCCAUCGCUCUCUAUUUUUAUUUAUUUUUACUUCAUUUGGAAAGAUGUGGAAAUGUCAUAGUGGCAUUUUUCUUUUGAUGUUGGAGCAAAUAGGUAGCAAAAAUGAUAUUUGGCAUGGUUUCCAAUUUACUCCCAUUCACCGAUAUCAAAGUUUAACCUGCAAUCGUUUCAUUCCACGUUCUAAAACCCGGAAGUGUGAAAAGGGUCCAUUUGUUAGUCGCUGGAAGUCUGUUGCAUAUAGUGGACAAGAGGUUUUUUCAAUAAUUGUUUUGAUUUAGAAACAUAAUAAGGUUCCAAGAAUAGCAGGGAAGCUAUAUCCAGGUAGCACUACUGUGAGUAAUAAUAAUCCUAUUUUUUAUUAUUAGUACUUAUUUUUAUUAUUAGAAUAAAUUAUAAUAACAAUGUUAUAAUACAUGAAUAAUAAUAAAAUACAGGUAGAAUUCAGAAUUUACUCUGUCUUUGGGUCACAUUGUAUUCUCUCAGAAUAGAGCAUGUUUUGUAGCAUUUAAAAAUGAAAUU